GUUUGGGUGACUCAGACCACCCCAGGGAUUCCUGAAAUAUCGCAUCUCAAAUGCAGUAAUCGGCCCACACAAAAGGCAUCCCAACCUUUAAUUACACCAAUACGACUACUCAAAGACCAACAUAAAACAGUCACAUUAUGAAACGUAAAUUCAAUUCACUCAUGAAACUUAACACAUAAAUAAUCAAUGUACUAGGCGUGGUACACGAGCCAACCAUUAGUAUGUAUCGACAUGCUUUAUACAUACAUUUUACUUCACUACUACUACUAUAUUAGAAAAAGCUUGAUUUCAACAUGUGUGUUUCAUCUCUAGGGAUCUAUUUUGUUUUCGCGUGUCUGUGUAGUCACCCUUCUUUACACGUGGCUUCCAUGCCUGACCUUUAUCUCUAUUGUAUGCUUUCAUUUAUGUUGAAGAAGAUUAGAAGGUCUUUAGCAGAAUCAACCAUGAAAACAAUAUUAAGAGAAUGGUCGUUGCUCCACAGUAGAGACAACAUGGGAAGAAGAGUAGAAGACUACGCAUAUGCGUCCGCCGCACUGGAUGGUGAGGCUCUAACAUCUGUAGCAUUGAACUUUCAGGCGAAGGAAGAAAGUAACCUAUGGAGUUUAGAAUUGAACAAGUUAUCUUAUAUGUAAGACAAGCAUCUUCGUAGCAUAAUUUGAUCUUGUUCGAGCUAGCUAUAACAAGAAGCAAGGUACAUAGAUGGAAUUAUUGUUCUUGUGAAUUUGUUGACGCAUAGUCUGUAUUUUGCAGAUAUUUGUAAAGAAAUAGCCAAAUAAUGUCCAUUUGUAUGAAAACUCUUCGUCACAAUUUUUUUUAGUUCAAUACGUGCCUACUUGU